CGAUAAAUCGUAAUACUGAUAAUAAUUUCAACCGGUUUGCGAAAUAAAUAGAUAAACCGGAUAUGAUCUGAUCCCCCAAAAAUUCCCAAAUCCAAAUCUACGAUUCUCCGUCUCCUCCGUCGCAUUUUCCGAGGCAGAGAGAGAGAGAGACAUAGAGAGUAUCCACCGAUGGAAUCCGCAGCCACGGCUGGUGUUCCCACUCCGGUAGCCGCCGCCACCACCACCACCGAUAAUAAUCCCCAAUCGAUCGACUCAUCAUCUCCCGCCGACGCCGUCAACCGAUUGAUCCACGCCGUUUCGCAGCGACAACAACACCUUCUCGACAAAACGGUGCCUCACGUUCUCUAUCGGUGGAUCGCUUGCCUCUGUGUCGUAUUGAUCUACUUCGUUCGUGUUUACUUUGUGGAAGGCUUCUACAUCAUCACUUACGCCAUCGGAAUCUACCUUUUGAAUCUCAUCAUUGCUUUUCUUUCUCCUCAAGAAGAUCCUGAAGCUUCUCUCACUACCGGUGGUUCUCUUCCUACUCGGAGAUCCGAUGAGUAUCGUCCUUUUGUUCGCCGUCUCCCUGAGUUCAAAUUCUGGUUAUCGAUCAUAAGGGCAUUCAUCAUCGGUUUUAUGAUGACGUUCUUCGACGUGUUUGAUGUACCUGUUUUCUGGCCAAUACUUCUUUUCUACUGGGUGAUGUUGUUUUUCCUCACGAUGAGGAAACAGAUACAACAUAUGAUCAAAUACAGAUAUGUUCCUUUCUCUUUCGGGAAAAAGCAGUAUGGAAAGAAACCGGCUCCAACAGAGAGCAGUGAAUGAUCAAUCAAACUGUUCAGGUCAGCAACUGUAAGUCUUUUGAGAGAAGUAGCAUUUUAAAGGUCGGUCUUUUGUUUUCUUUUGAUCGCCUAUAUCUCUGUUAGGGAUGAAGUAGAGAUAGACAGAUUUUGCUCUUUUAUCAUCCUGACUAUUUUACUGGUUUCACCUGAACACAAUGUAUCUUAUUUGUUACAUCCUUUUUUCAGUGACAAUAAUGUUUCAUACUUGACCCUUUUGUAAUCAUCAUGGUGGAAACUAAAGACUAAUUGCUGUCCGGUUC